AAUAAUGACUUCGAAAGUCCAGGGAAAUAUCCUCACCCGUAUUUACUACACAUGGAAGUCGCUAAAGUUACCAUGGCGACGCAAGGUCUUUGUCGGUAUGCCUCCCCGAGAAAAAUAAAUGUAACCAUACCAUUAUCAAUCUUCUGACGGUGGGAAAAGGAAUGGACCUCGAUGGCAACUCCUUUUGGGAGAUCCCAAUCAGUGCGCACGGGCGCGUCCGUCGGAUGGUCACGUAUAAAGAUCCCAAGCGAGAUCUGGUGGACUACAAACUGCCCCGUACGUUUAUAUUCCUUCCGCACGAUGCAUGCGUUCUUCGGUAUCCCCUUUGUUAAUUGACUUAUCCCCAUUAUAGCCCAAUGGACCCAGUGGCUCCGUCACAGCCGGGCCGCGCCAACUAUAGCAGAGCUCCAUGCGGAUAUCGCCCGCCAAGCUCAGUUAAAACACCUCGUGGCAGCAGCUGAUGCCCGGUGGAAUUCGAAGCCCUCUUUGCUCAAUGCUGCCCCGCACCCCCCUGCCGAUAGUGUACUGGAGAGCAAUACCAAAUUCUGCAGCGAUUCUGGGCUGCAGCGGCGGGAGGAGAUGCACCAAGGGCGCGGAGAGACGGGAGCGGGUUUUGGUGGAAAGCAUAAGGAAGGAUAUAGAGCUGCCGGGGAGAGCGUGGACCGGGCACGCGGGGCGCGGGGGUAUGAAGCCUGGGGCGCAGGGGUCGGGGGGGAGUUCAAGGUCGGGGAGUGGGAUCCGAAUGCCGGGUUGCCGAAAAAGAGGCCGGGGAGAGUGUGA